AGCGGGACCCUCGGGUCAGGAGGAGAUGUGUGUCGGGCCACUGAACUCCAACACUUCCAACACGCAGAAUGUAGCUCUAGUGGCCAAUUAAACGGACACGUUGAUGCACGAGUGGCCUUAAAAAAGAGAUAUUAAAGGAGGUUUUGACAGAAGACUGUCUUCCUCAUGAUGAAUGCAAAAGGUCAUUACAGCCAUGAAGAAGACAAAGAAGAAGAAGCCAGAGGCAGACUCUGGAAAAGCCAAUGGAGCUGAAGCCAAACCCAAAAAAAGCAAAACUAAGAAGAGUGAAGAACCGUCGGGUGAUGAGGAGAGCACACCCUCAAAAAAAGAGAGCAAAAUAGUAAAGAAGAAGAAAACUGAGAAGGAGAAAGAAGAAACAGCAGAAAAGAACACAAAAAAGAAGACCAAGAGCACUCCAAAGAAGAAGAAAGAUUCUGAUGAUGAAGAUGAUGAUGAUGAUGAAGAGACCUCACAGAAGAAGACAAAGAAAAAAACUACCAAAGAAAGCACUCCCGCUGGCACCAAAGAAAAGAAACCAAAGCCUAAAGAGAAUAAAGGAGAAUCAGAAAGCAAAGGAAAAACAGCCAAGGCUAAAAAGGAGCCAGCUUCCAUGUUUCAGAUAAAUGGAGACAAACCAGAUUUUAUCGCAAAAAAGAAAGCCACCAAGUCGGACAGUGAGGAAAGUGAACCAGAAACUAAACCCAGCAAGAGCAAAAAAUCUGCCACCUCCACCUCCAUGUUUAACGCUGAAGGAGACAAAGAGAAGAAAAAAGAAAAGAACAGUAAAGACAAGGACAAGAAUAACAAGAAGAAGAAUGCUGCUAAAUCUGAUGAAAGUGAUGACGAGGAUGCAGAAGGGUCCAAAAAGAAGAAAGGCAAAGGAAAGAAAAGUAAAAAGGAGGAGAGACCUCCAUCUCCAGAGAUUGAGUUUGAUGAUCUUGAGGAGUUUGUUCUUCAACCUGCACCUCAGGGAACCACCAUUAAGUGCAAAGUGACGCGAGACAAGCGUGGGAUGGACAGAGGCUUCUACCCUACAUAUUACCUCCAUUUAGACAAUGAAAAGAAGGUUUUCCUAUUGGCUGGUCGAAAAAGAAAAAAGAGUGCGACAUCGAAUUAUUUGAUUUCCAUAGAUGCCACUGAUCUGUCACGGGGUGGAGAUAACUUUAUUGGAAAGUUAAGGUCCAAUCUUAUGGGUACAAAAUUCACAGUGUUUGACAACGGCCUCAACCCUGACCGCGCCCUCAGAGACAUGUCUAACGCCAGGCAGGAGCUAGUGGCUAUCAUUUAUGAGACAAAUGUAUUGGGGUUUAAAGGGCCCAGAAAAAUGUCAGUGGUCAUCCCGGGCAUGGAUGAUGAAAAUGAGCGAGUGCCGAUACGUCCACGAACUGAGAACGACACUAUACUUGUGCGCUACCAGAACAGACAGAUGGACAACCUGAUUGAACUUCACAACAAAACUCCUGUUUGGAAUGACGACACGGCAUCAUAUGUGCUCAAUUUCUCCGGUCGAGUCACGCAGGCCUCAGUGAAGAACUUCCAGAUCGUUCACAGCAAAGACAACAGCUACAUUGUGAUGCAGUUCGGGAGAGUGGCAGAUGACAUGUUCACUCUGGACUAUAAUUACCCCAUGUGUGCGGUGCAGGCCUUUGCUAUUGCUCUGUCCAGCUUUGAUGGCAAAUUGGCCUGUGAAUGAACACACGACACACAAUUUUUCAUAAGCUGGAGUUUCUAUGUAACAAGGAAAUUGUGAUGAUGUGGGACAUUUUUGGGGGGAUUUUCACUGUGCCUGAAUGUGAUGAACAUAGGCAUUGCGCAUGCAUAUGUGCUGCAUAGAUAAGAUGAAUGCAGGGUACAUAAAAUGACUGUAUGACUUUAUCUUAUGUAGUAUUGAGAUUUAUAAGUGUUCUGAUGAUUUUUUUUUUUUUUACAUCAAAGGUAAAUAAUUAGUGCACUAUAUGUUUCGGUUGUCAAACAUAUGACAAUACUCUGGGGUGUAAAGCAUAUGAAAACAUAUAGUACAUGAGUGUGCAUUUAAGUUUCUUUCAAAAAUAAAAAAAAUCCAAAUGACUUUCU